AUGAAAUCUAAUAAAAUAUUCCAGGUGCUGGAACAGGAUCUGGCUCUACAGGUGGCCAGGCAGACGGGAGACCUUCUGCUGCAGGAAAGACUGAAUUUCAUCAAACUGAUCGAAAAUUCGACACCAGAUAACUGGACUGUCUUCGCAAAAGGCUUGGCUCAGUACGAAGCAGCGCUAGUAGCUGCCGCUGAUGCAGGAGUUCAGGUUCUCCUACAGGUUCAGGAGGACGGAUCGACGGCGAUCACGACAGUGUCGGAAGAUCCCUGGACGUACGAGCUCUCCGUGUUCUUUGCAGCGACUGUCCUCACCACCAUUGGGUACGGAGAUGUCGCUCCCGUGACUGUGUGGGGCCGCGUGUUCUGCAUCGGUUUUGCGCUGCUAGGCAUCCCGCUGUCGCUCUCAUUCAUCGCUGCAACUGGAGACUUGCUCGCCUCCUUUGCUGCAUAUCUUCCUAUCAAGUCCAUCUCUGCGGCCAUACCCAAAGGGAAGCGUCGCACGCUGGUGGCAGGACUGGGCACCGUGUCACUUCUGCUGGGGUUCAUCGCCGUCGGUGGUGUGAUGUUCCACCUGCUCGAGGACUGGCAGUUCCUUGAUGCCUUCUAUUUCUGCUUCAUCACCACAACCACCAUUGGUUUUGGAGAUUUCGUGCCCAGCCCAGACUCGCUGCGCUACUGCACGGCCUACAUCAUGCUGGGCCUGGCGAUCACGUCUACUGUGAUAGAGUUGGUACGCAGGCAGUACGCUGAGUCCUGGGCUAGGAUGCAGGAGCUGUCCAGCAGACUACAUGGUCUGUCCUCUCCUCUAGCCGUCGCUCUCAGGAGGAUGGCUCUUACCGGCGCCACUGAAAUGGACUUGGACCCGGAGCUGAUGAGGCAGCUGCGUGACAUGAACAGAGCGCUGGCCGAGGCUGACCACAGGGACGUCGAGGACGAUCCUUGGGACGAACUUUUGAUCAUGGCCGAGAAAAAGAAAAGAAUUACUUUCGUCAUGUACGAAAGUGCCCUCUAG